GUCAGCCCGGUUUUCAGCUGCAUAUCAAUAAGAACUCUUCAGGAUUUAAAGCUGGACAAGAUAACUUUGAGUUUGGGACUUUCUUCACUCUCAUCAGGGAAUGACACAAACAGCAAAGGGAGAAGAUGAUCUGCAGGAUCCUUCUGCUCAUCAGCCUGACCUCCUGUGUCUCUGGAAUAUUUGUAUUGAAAGUGACUCAGACCUCCUAUCAGGCAGAGGAGAACCACAACAUCACACUGGAAUGGAUGUUUACAACCAACCCUGACAGUUCCUCCACCUCACUGCACAUCUUCUGUGAACUGUUCACAGAUGAAAAAGUCCCAGUCCUGUAUCAUGUAUAUGAGGGUGUUGAAGUCUCAGGGUCUCAGGAUGAACAGUUUGCAGGACGAGUUCAGAGUGACAAAGACGCCCUCAGAGAAGGACGAAUCAGACUUCAUGUGUCUAGACUCAGGACUGAAGACUCGGGUCUAUACAAAUGUAUAGUGCGCAAUAAUUAUGGUUACAGCUCUGACAGAUGCCACCUCAAUGUCACUGGUGUAAAACAGCCACCAGGAGGUCCAGAACAGGAAGCAGCUUCACCUACAGCUGCAAUUCUGCUGGUUCUUGCAGUUGCAGCUUUUGGACUUCUAGUAUGUGCAGCUCUGGCAGCGUUUGUUUGUAGACUCAAACAACUAGAACAUGGAGACCAGGAUGGACGUUACAUUGAGCUCCUGAUUGAGACAGAUGACGAGGAGGAGUUAUUUACUAAGUGA